AUGAGGCCUUCUCGGCUAUGUUCCCUUUCAUAUCCCACCGGCACGAAGCGCAUUGUGCUCGUUCUGUUUGCUUUUACUUGCAAUCUCCUGAUAGCGGUGGCUCAAAUCCCAAACUCCGCUAGCAUACAACCAGCCACUGAUCACAUCAAUCGCUCAUACUCAAAUAACUUCUCAGCAAUCGGUAAUCUAUCUCAAGAGCUUCCAGAGAAUUCAAGAAAUUGCACUAUUGCUCUAGAUCAGAAUGAUCAUUCCAUCUUCGAAGCGGUUCCUCAAACAAAUUUUGGUGAAAAGAAGGUUUCAGAUUUCGCCGACGAGCAGUUCAGUUCGUCAUUUUUCAGCGGCGAUUCCGGGGAGGCUCAAAGGAAACAACUGGAAAAAAUCACGGAUACCCUACACCGCCUUAGGCAAGCAAGAGACAAUCCACAGGUCCUUGAGGCCCAUCAAGCACUUAAGCUUUACCUCUGGAAAGAAAUUCAACAAGCUGAGACUCUCCUAGAGACGAUGAGAGCUUGGCUCAUACGAAUCUUCGACCAGAAAGACCUGAAUCCAGAGCAGUUCAAGUCGGCCAAAGAAUUGAAGAAAGGACUUCGGGCAGAGGAAGAGGUUCUCUGGGACGACAUUUGGAAGUCAGAAGAGGAAGACUACAGAUUCAAGAAAAAGUCACAAGGUUUCUUCGGUUAUUUUUACUCCUUAUCCAAAUUCUUUUUUGAUAAUCAGUAUUGGGAGAAACAACAACUACGUCAAUCGCUACGAAAAAUCCUAAGUCAACUGCCACAUCGGAUAUUGAUGGAAGAGGAGCGAGUCAUAAUGCAACUAGAAAAAGUUCAAAAGGCAGGCUUUCAAAUCAGCUGGCAAGAGCAGCGACUGGCAAGAAAAAUCUCCGAGAUGUCUCAAAAUCUGAGUCUGACUGAUUCUGAGAUCAGCUGUUUUAUUCCGCUUGACGUUGAAGAAGGAAAUCUACUGGAGACAAUUGGACAUCGUACGGUGGCCGUUAGGAGAGAAGAGCAGGUGCAUGGACUUGAAGGAAGAUUGAAAAAAACUCUCAAAGAUGGUCAACUGCAUGGGAUUGAUUCAGAAGAUCAGAAAUUUAUCCUGAAUGAACUACAAGAGUUAAUCAAGAAGGAAAAGGAUGGCUUGGGAUGGACGGAAGAGGAUGCAGCAUGGAUGCAAUCGUUGGAGAAGGAAAGCAAGAAUUUAGAAAAGAAGAAGAAAGGAUAUCAACUCCACCAACUUGUGGCAACUCUAAAGAUUAAGAAAUUUGAGCAGAAGCAGAGCCGACUUCGCCAAAUUGCAACCGAUCUUCAACUCCGGAAAGCCUUCAAUGUCUUGCAAGCCAAUGCCCAUGAUCCAAUGUCCUCAGAAAAACUAGCCCUGCGCUUGAAACUAGCUCAGAAACUCCAAGAGUACAUGAUAAACUCGCCUUCCAAAGCGCCACCUCAUGAGGAACUGACAGAGCCCGACAUCAAAGAGAUCAAACAGCUAGCAAGACACUAUUACCGGAUGAAAGAACAGCUCAAGUUUCCCCUACACCCUGAUCUGAAGGAAGUGGUAAGAAAACAGCUCGACAAGGAGGUGCUUUCGCCUGAGAAAGCUGCAAUCCACCGGCUCAACCAAUUGAAACACGACCAGAGAAUAGAGCCCAGUCAGCAAGAACUAUUAGACAAGCUGGAGCACGGAAUCAUGGGGCACGUUGUCGCGAUUGGGCCAGAGGAAGUUCGAGUAGCUGAAGAGCACAGGAAGAGGCGCUUGGCAGUCCCUCAAUCGGACAAGGCCAAAGAAGUCGAACGACUCCUCCACGGGACGCCAGAGCACACCUAUCUUUUGCAGCAAUCAGAACUAGAUAAAGUAGAGCUCUACAACAAGGCAAUCCAUUCCACCCCCCUAUGGGAGUUUCGGAACGAGAACAAACCAAAGGAAGCCAUCAAGCACUUGCUGAAUACUCCCUCUCAUACGGGGCAGCCCGACUCAGACCACUCUCCACACUCCGCAAGAUUCCUUACGUUUGCUGAGAGAUGCAAGGUCUUGAUACAUUCCCAAGAGUUCAGAAUACAUUCCCAAGAGUUCAGAGCGCACUCAAAUACCUCUCCUGAGAGCUUAGAACAACUUGCCUUCAAAAGACUACACCAAAUGCAGGUCAAUCCAGCUGGGGCAGAGAUCCAUGACAGUUUGGCCUCCAAUAGAGACACAGCUAUGUCCACUACCGAAGCAAAGGAGAUAAUUAAGAAUUUGGCACUCAAAGAACACUUGGUUAGAACCUUCAGACCUGCUCCAGAGGACGCAAAAUUGGCCAAGAAGUUGUCUGCAAACAUCAAAUUAGCCAACCUGAACAAAGAAGCUCUGGGGAAACUACAGCAUCUUCUCCCAGAUGAGCUUAAUGAGCUAGGAAAGUUGAUUCCACUUAUUGGAGAGAUUGACAAGAACUUCAAGAAAUCUGCAGAAUUCUUCCAAAUUGUUGGCUUGCUUCAGAAAGCAUCAGACCGGAUCAGGUUCAGGCAAUCCAUCACCCACAAUGAUCGGCCAAUAAACCUUCUCUUUCACGAAUCAACCCUUGAAGCCACCCAUCAUUCACUUUUUCUCAAACAUAUCUCCAGAAUCAAACAUAUUUACAACCAUUUUGAAGAUAGCUCAAGAAGUGUCCUUGCAGUCCUCAAUGUUAAUCUUCAAGCAACCUUAGGUGUUGAGAAAACUCAAGCAAAUUGA